GCGCUGUUGUUGAGUCACGAUUGCUUGUGUUCGCGCGGUGUAAACAAGACGCGGUCGCUAGAAGACCAAAGCCUAAGAACUUUGUAGAAGAUAUUGGAACUUGUAUGUUUUAAUUUAAUGUCGCUCUAGUUAUUAAUAUGGUACUCCAGUGAAGUCUGCGUUACUGGGGUGUAAUUGGGAACCUAAAAAGUGUAUUAAAACCACUGCACGUUCCCGCACGCCCUUCUCCUGCCUUCGGCCUGGCUGUCCCAAUCAAGCGCCUGGGAAAACCCCUGGAUGCCCAGGCCUGCGUUGACGGGGUUUAUAGACGGGGUCUGCUAAGAAGCAGAACCUUUUCAGAAUGGAGUCUGAAGUAAAGGAUGGAGAGGAGGAAAGCUUGCAGACUGCUUUCAAGAAGUUACGAGUAGAUGCAGAUGGAUCUACAGCAGCCAUUCGAGCCUCUGAAACACCAACUCAGAGAAUACAGUCUCGUAGUAAUUCUGAUAGCGCCAAACCCAAGAUGGCUUGUACAAAAGAUAACUGGCAUGGAUGUGCAAGAAAGUCUUCAAGAGGAGUAGUUCGAAAUCAGCGCAGAAGACGUUCAAAGUCUCCUAUUCUCCUUCCUCCUAAAUUUACAUACUGUAGCUCUAGAAUGUCUUCCCCUGCCUGUUGCCUCAAGCACAAAAGCCAGUGUGAAACAAGCAAAACUACUGCUGCCUUGGGAACCUCGCUUCAGAAGGAUCUCCUUCAGCCUAGUCCUUGUUCUCCUGUUUUUGGCACCACAACAUAUGAACCCUACUGCCUUGAUGUGAAAGGAGCCACUGCUGCUAAAGAAAAUUCCCUAAUCACCUCUGACGAUGAGCAAGUAACCAUAAAGCCUUCCGUGUCUGGAAGCCCGAAAGCCUACAGUGAGAAACCGCCAAACUCAAAUAUGCCAUCAGACUUUCAAACAUUAUCUAAGCUGAAUGAGGACCAAGGCUGUUCCUGUCCUCAGGAUGAGUGCCAAUGCAAAAGCUGGCAGGGUGUAGAAGUUUACUCUUUUACUGGCCUUCGGCAUGUCAUAUCGGAGUGUGAGAAAAAUAUGACCGCUGAGGAAACCUCUCAAAUGACAGCACAGAGGAGAACUCAGAGUGGCUCUGGAACAUCGGGAUCUCCACGCUCUUGCUCAGAGCAAGCAAGAGCGUAUGUUGAUGAUAUUACUAUUGAGGACCUUUCGGGUUAUAUGGAGUACUAUUUGUAUAUCCCCAAGAAGAUGUCUCAUAUGGCAGAGAUGAUGUACACUUAGUCCCAAUAGCUUAGUUAGAAUAGCUAAGCGUGUUUGUGCUGUUAUCGGAGAGGGCGCCACUGAAUUCCAGAUUAUAUUUAAAUUGAUCUGUUAGUCUUGAAUUCUUGUCUCUUGUUUAUUCUUUUAUCUUCAAUCCCAGAAUACAUGCACAAAAUGUGUUUUGAGUCAUCUAAAAGUAAUGUUUUAGUCGUUAUAAAUAAUGCUGGUUUACAUGAUAUUAUUGCCAAAGUUAGACUGGAGUAUUGCAGAUGUAAAUCUGUUGCAUUCAAACUGUCGGCCAUUAGAACUAUUUUCUGGAGUUAUUAGAAAAGUCACUUUCACCUUGUCUCAAAAUAAAAUUGUUGGCAUUGUAA